UGUGGUCCAGUCCAGUCAGUGUUUUUGAACGUGCAGCAAGGCGAAAAGUCGUCUGUUCGCUCGUAGGCCGAGAGAAAAUUUAAAUUACAAAAUCGUCCAUAUUUCCUUUGUUUAGUCGUGUAGACCAGCGCGAAAAUUGUGAAUUUCAGUGCCGGUGCGCGAGUGAAAUUCAGCAUUGUGGCCAAGGUGACACCGUACCCUAACAUGACUUAUUCCGGGAGGAAUAAAUUCGAGAUAGGCCGGUUUUCGGGCGAAGACGACAACCAUAUCAACAAGAAACUGCCCAAAGAGUUGCUGCUGAAGAUUUUGUCGUACCUGGAUGUGGUAUCCUUGUGUAGGUGCGCACAGGUUUCGAAACUAUGGAACAUCCUGGCUUUAGAUGGAUCUAAUUGGCAAAGGAUAGACUUAUUCGAGUUUCAGAGAGACGUAGAGGGACCAGUAAUAGAGAACAUAUCGCAGAGAUGUGGCGGUUUUCUCAGGCAGUUGUCGUUGAGAGGCUGCGAGAGUAUAGCCGAUGGGUCUAUGAAGACAUUAGCUCAGUCUUGUCCGAAUAUAGAGGAUUUAAACUUGAACAAAUGCAAGAAAAUAACCGACCAAACUUGUCAAGCGCUCGGAAGAAGGUGCAGCAAAUUACAAAGGAUAAACCUUGACUCGUGCCCUAGUAUAACAGACAUAUCUUUGAAGGCGCUCGCAGAUGGAUGUUCACUAUUGACACACGUGAAUGUGUCGUGGUGUCAAUCUAUCACUGAAAACGGAGUAGAGGCAUUGGCUAGAGAGUGCCCCAAACUGAGGAGCUUCAUAUGUAGAGGCUGCAAGAAUGUUAACGACAAGGCGGUUUCCUGCCUCGCAACUUAUUGUCCUAACUUGGAGGUGCUUAACGUGCAAGGAUGCGAUAGUUUAUCCGAUGACUCAAUAUCCCGCCUCGGUCCGGCUAUGCGUCGCCUAUGCGUGUCCGGUUGUACGCGACUGACGGACGCGUCACUGUCCGCUUUGGCGGCAAGAUGUCCGGAAUUGGUUACCUUAGAGUUGGCUUUGUGCAGCCAACUGACUGAUGCUGGUUUCCAAGCGUUGGCUAAGAGCUGUAGAUUAUUGGAGAGAAUGGACUUGGAAGAGUGUGUUCUAAUAACCGACUCUACGUUAGUACAUCUAGCUAUGGGAUGUCCGAGAUUAGAAAAACUGACAUUAUCACAUUGUGAGUUGAUUACCGACUACGGUAUUAAACAGUUAUCAAUGUCUCCUUGCGCUGCAGAACAUCUUACAGUACUAGGUCUCGACAACUGUCCUUUAGUGACAGACGACGCGUUAGAACAUCUCACCUCGUGUCACAAUCUACAGCUCAUUGAGCUAUAUGAUUGUCAGUUGGUGACCAGAAACGCUAUACGAAAGUUGAGGAACCACUUGCCCAAUAUCAAAGUGCACGCGUACUUCGCCCCCGUGACGCCCCCGGUGGCGGGGGGCGCCGCGAGGCCCCGCUACUGUAGGUGCUGCAAUAUCAUAUGAACCGUGGAGCGAUAAACAGCUAAGCAUAGUGUGUAAUUGGAAGCCGCGAGGCAAUUAUAUGGAUGGGUGACCGCCUCUACUACGCAAUGGCCACCGAGGCAUAAUACGUCACAUCCGAGAUUACAGGGUCGAAACUAUCGAUAGAAACCGAUAUUAUCGAUAUAAAAUAUCGCGAAUCAUUUUGUAACGACAAUAAUCGAUGUCAAUCGAGAUAAUAUACCGAUAGUCGAUGAAAAUAUCGAUGACCGAUCAGCCGUCUGUCGAUAAAAAGUUCACUGUCGAUUGAUCAACCCGAUAUGGUAAUCGGGUAAAAAAGAAAAGUUAGGAAUGUGUUUUUUUAUUGAAACAAUUUUUUUCCCUACUUUGAGUUGAUUAGAGUGAAGAAAUUAGUUGGAUAUUUUUUUAUAAUGUGUAUGAGAUAUAAUGGGCAAUUUAAUGUUAAUUUAAAAGUAAAUGACUAUGUUAUAAUGUGGCUAAGCAAGGUUA